AUGCUGCUGUCUUGGCGAUUCCAGCGGUGGGCGCGAAGGCUGGGGGGAGACAAACACAUUCAUUUUGCUGCUGCGCUGCUGCCUGCUGCAGCACAUCCAUCUCUUGCUGCUGCUACUGCUGCUGCUGCUGCAGCACAGACAUCUCUUGCUGCUUCUGCUUCUGCAGCAGCAGCAGCAGCAGCAGCAGCAGCAAGGGCGCCCGCCAGUUCGACUGCUGCUGCUCUGCUGCAGCAGAGGAACUCACGACGCCUUGCUGCAGCACGAAUACAAACAGCAGCAGCAGCAGCAGCAGCAGCACCAGCAGCACCGCUGCAGCAGCAGCAGCAGCAGCAGCAUGAUGGGGACAACCUGGCACAGCAGCAGGCGCUGCAGCAGCAGCUGCUGCAGCAGCUAGAUGCCUUGCAUGUUGCUGCUGUGCAUCAGUACAACCAGCAGCGGCAGCAGCAGCAGCAGCAGCAGCGGCAGCACAAUCAGCAGCAGCAGCAGCAGCAGCAGCAGCAGCAAGUUCGUCGGUUGUUGGAGCCGCAUGUUCUUAGUGUUGCACAGACAGGUUUGCUGCUGAAGGCGCUGCUGCUGCUGCCUCUUCUUUCUGCUGCUGCUCCCUUUAGGGCGUUGCUGCUGCAGCAGCAUCCGCUGCUGCAGCUAGCUGUUCGUUCUGUGUCUGUACACUGCAACACGUUGAGAGCAGCAGCAGCAAAAGAUGCUUUGCUGCUGCUGCUGGUGAUGCCUCCAACUCACCAGCAGCAAGUGCAGCAGCAGCAGCAAGUGCAGCAGCAGCUGCAGCAGCUGCUGCUGCAGCAGCAGCAGCAGCAGGCGCGAGAGCAGCGGCUGCUGAUAGCCCGCUUGCACAAACUGCUUCUCAAGCUAGCAGCAGCAACAGCAGCAGCAGCAGCAGCAGCAGCAGCAGGAUGA